AAAGCAAAAGCCUAGAGUUUUAAUUAGUUACGUGCGUUCCUCAAAAUGCAGCUAUUCAAGUCCUGAAUGACCACUUCUAAAUUAGGUGAUCAAUCAUAUUUAAAUUAAAAAUGGAGGGUUGGCAAGUGUCCAUUUUGGUGAUCGCUAUUAUAAUCCCAUUUAUUCGAAAUUCCUCCCUAUAUAUAUACCUCUAAAGUGUGAGCGAGUCAUUCAUCAUCCAAAAAUCAAGAAAUAAAAAUAAAAAUGAAGCCUCAUGCAGUGUGCAUUCCAUAUCCAGCACAGGGCCACAUCGCCCCCAUGCUGAGAUUGGCCAAACUGCUGCACUCGAGGGGCUUCUUCGUCACCUUCGUCAACACCGAGUUCAACCACAGCCGGCUGGUUCGGGCCCGAGGGCCCGAAUCCGUGGCGGGCCUCGAGGGGUUCGAGUUCCGGACGAUCCCCGACGGCCUGCCGCCCUCCGACAAGGACGCCACGCAGGACAUCCCGCAGCUCUGCGACUCCCUCACGAAGAACGGCCUGCCGCCUUUCCUCGACCUCAUCAACGACCUCAACGACUCGCCCGACUGCCCCGACGUCAGCUGCAUCGUCUCCGACGGUGCCAUGAGCUUCACCCUCGACGCUGCGGACCGCCUCGGGAUCCCCGAGGCCGUCUUCUUCACCACCAGCGCCUGCGGCUUCAUGGCUUAUUGUAACUACGCCCAGCUUGUGGCGCGCGGGCUCUUCCCGCUUACUGAUGAGAAGCAGCUGAGCAAUGGGUUUCUGGAGGAAGAGCUGGAGUGGGUUCCCGGAAUGAAGCACAUAAGGCUGCGCGACUUCCCGAGCUUCGUCCGGACCACAGAUCCCGACGACAUCAUGGUAAACUACAACAUCCUGCAGACUAAAAACGCGUCCAGGGCACGCGCCGUCAUACUCAACACCUACGACGAUCUCGAGACCCAAGUCCUCCACGCCAUCAGGGAGAGAUUCCAGCACGUGGCCACGGUCGGCCCGCUGCAGCUCCUCGAGCAGCGGGAGGCGAAUUCCCCGGCGCUCCGGGCCAUCGGGUCGAGCCUGUGGAAGGAGGACGACGCGUCGCUGGCGUGGCUGGACGGCCGCGCGCCCAACUCGGUGCUCUACGUGAACUUCGGCAGCAUCACGGUGUUGUCGCCGCAGCAGCUGCUGGAGUUCGCGUGGGGCCUGGCGGCCAGCGGCCAUAACUUCUUGUGGAUUAUCCGGCCGGAUUUGGUGUGCGGUGAGUCGGCGGUGCUGCCGGAGGAGUACCUGGCGGAGGUGGCGGGGCGGGCGAAGAUGGUGGGGUGGUGCUCGCAGGAGAGGGUGCUGGCGCACCCGGCUGUUGGGGGGUUUCUGACGCACUGUGGGUGGAACUCGACUCUCGAGGGGCUGGCGGAGGGCGUGCCCAUGAUCUGCUGGCCGUUUUUUGCGGAGCAGCAGACCAAUUGUAGGUAUGCGUGCACGGAUUGGGGGGUGGGCGUGGAGAUUGAGGGGGAGGUGGUGAGGGAGAAGGUGGCGGAGGUGGUGAAGGUGUUGAUGGAGGGGGAGAAGGGGAAGGAGAUGAGGAAGAAGGCGUUGGAGUGGAAGCACAAGGCGCAUGCCGCCGUGGAGGCGGGUGGCUCCUCUCACCGGAAUUUCGACUUUUUGAUCAAUCACAUUCUGCUCAAAAACUAAGUUUAAGAAGUAAAAAUGUACUCUCUCCGUCCCAAUAAAAGUGGCUACUUUCUAAAAA